AUGAUUCCACAGCGGUUCAGCCUGGUGAACAUCGCUGCGAUGGGAGUGGCGAUCCUCCUGUUCUUUGCCUUGGCUGCUAUGCUCCUGGCAUCCAGACGUUCACCCGUCCGACAGCCCCACAUCGUGUUCAUACUCGCUGAUGACAUGGGAUGGAACGACGUGAGUUACAACGGCUGCCCCCAGAUAAGGACACCGAACAUCGACGCGCUCGCCUGGAACGGCAUCCGCCUACAGCGCUACUACACACAGCACAUGUGCACGCCUUCCCGGGCGGCACUCAUGACCGGACGAUAUCCGAUUCACACAGGUAUGCAGCACUUCGUCAUCCUCCAGAUGGAACCCCGUGGGCUGCCCUUGAAGUUUAAGCUUCUUCCUCAAUGGCUUGGCGAUCUGGGAUACGUCUCUCAGAUGCUAGGAAAGUGGCAUCUGGGAUUCUACAAGAAGGAAUACACCCCGACAAUGAGAGGCUUCCAGAAGCAUAUUGGCUCCUGGGGUACCUUUGUAGACUACUACUCUCACGUAAGAUUUAAUAAUAUAGGGUGGCUGCUAGGACUCGAUUUCCGACAGGGUUUAUCAGAGGGCCGGGAAUUCGAUGGCAAGUAUUACACCGAGUUCAUGGCAGAAGAGGCUACCAAGGUCAUCGAAAACCACCCCCAGGAGAAGCCACUCUUUCUGUAUCUGGCGCAUCUAGCACCACAUGUUGCAAACCAGAAUGAUCCUCUGCAGGCCCCGAAGAAAUACAGCGACAAGUAUCACGACAUAGGCCACUGGAACAGAACUCUGUACGCGGGCAUGGUGUCCGCACUCGACGAGUCGGUGGGCGCCGUUGUUGAAGCCCUUGGAAAACGAGGAAUGUUGAGCGACACUGUUUUGGUGUUCUCAUCGGACAACGGUGGCGACACGAACGGCGAAUAUCCAAACUACGCAUCUUCCUGGCCCUUCAAGGGGCAGAAACGAACACUAUGGGAAGGAGGUAUCCACGUCCCCGGCUUCAUCUGGAGCCCGUUGUUCAGCGGAAUGCGGGGCUUCGACUACAAUAAUAUUUUUCACAUCAGCGACUGGUUGCCCACCUUAUACCAACUUGCUGGCGGUGACCCGUCGGAUCUGGGCGACAUCGACGGGAUCAGUCAUCUAGAUUCACUAAGUCGCCGGUCGGAGACGCCGAGGAAGGAGCUUCUCAUCAACAUAGAUCCGAUCGAAAAUGUCUCCGCUAUCAUUGAGGGUCAUUUCAAACUUGUGAGCGGUGUCGUCAGAGGAGGCGUGCUAGACGAGUGGUUCCAGGUUCCAGGGAACAUCACAUGGGACUACAACAAAGCUCGCCAAGAGUGCGAAACAUCCCUUGUGGCUCGGGUGUUGAGGAACGCCGGUCACGAUGUCGCCUGUGGGUCCGGGAACGGUUCCUACCCGACGCCGAUUAAAUGUGGCAAGAGAGAUCCGAGCAAACCGUGCGUACCAACUGUGGCGCCUUGUCUGUUCGACCUGUCCAAGGACCCCUGCGAAUAUAACAACAUUGCAGAGCAACACAACGAGGUGCUGCAGAGGCUUCUAGGGAAACUAGAAGGAUACCGGAAAACAUCAGUGCCCCCUGGGAAUUUACCUUCAGAUGAACAAGCCGACGCGGCACUGCACAACAAUGUGUGGUCUUCAUGGGGCGACGUUCCUACGUGGCAGUACGAAAAACUAUAA